GACGUUCUCAGCGGGUCGCAGGCUUUGAGAAAGACCCUGCGAUUGUUGAAAAGCAAUUCAGGAAGCCACCCGUAACGGAUCAGAUGUUCUCAGCGGGUCGCACGCAGGACAAUGAACCGUUGAUGCGUGCACUAUCCAAGCUUAUAUACGUCAACAGUCCAGAUCUGGUACUUUUUGUCGGGGAAGCAUUGGUCGGUAAUGAUGCUGUGGAUCAACUCUCAAAGUUCAAUCAGAAAUUAACCGACAUGUCACCCUCACAGAGCCCUAAGUUGAUUGACGGGAUCUUGCUAACCAAGUUUGAUACCAUAGAUGAUAAGGUUGGAGCUGCACUGUCUAUGGUUUACAUAUCAGGAGCGCCUGUGAUGUUUAUCGGGCGUGGACAGUCUUAUACAGAUCUCAAAAAGCUGAAUGUGAAGGCUAUUGUGAAGGCUACUUAAAUGAGGGUGCACAUGAAGUGGCUUCAUUUAUGGUUUGUUUUCUGCACCUACUUCUGUCAAUGUACUCUUCGAGCUUGAAUCUGUUAUUUCAGUUUGUCUGUGUUGAAUCUUGUGGGUAUGGUAGCAACUAGCAAGUGCAGAUACACCCUCCUGAUCAUAGUUGCUCGGUAACGCCUUUAAUUCUUUGUUUGUUUAGAGAUUUUUGUUAAAAUUGUUGUUUAGAAUUUUGUUAUGACUGAGAUGGUGUUUGUGAUGGGGCUGCAAUUCAAGGAAAGUGUUUUGUUGUUGCUGGUACUAUUUUGGGGUUGGUGUUCUUAGGGUAUAUCUGGGAGACCCAACAGGGUUCUACUAUUGUUGGCUAUGUCAUCUAGAAAUGAACCCGCUAUGUCACCGAAGAUUCUUAACGGAGCUGCUGUCAAACAGGAAAAGGUAAGGCAUAUCGGUUUUUUUCUGAGAUACUAAAAAAAUAAGAAGAAAACAAUAAAGCCAACUCACUCAUGCGGAUUAUUACUCAGUCUGAUUCAAGUGAGAUAAAGAAGAAAGCAGCUGAAGGAAUCCUCACAUGUUUGCAGGAUGCGAUAGAUUCUCUCAAGGAGGGACGGGAUUGAGAUGAUGAUCAUAUUUAUCACUCGAGCUUUUUACAUUGACCAAACGAGCAGCAAAAGGAGACCCUGAAAAGCUUUCUAUACAGUAUUUUUUAAGAACCUUGCCUUACCAGAGGUCAUUUUAGUGAUUUGAAAAUGAGAAAAUCAGAAAAUUUAUGAAUGUCUAUUCCAUAGUUAUUAAAGGCGCGAGGCGCACUCAGGGCGAUUUGUUGGGCCUAGGCGCUCGCUUUAAUAACUAUGCAGAAGAUUAUGAACUAACGUGAAGAUUAAAGGCGCGAGGCGCACUCAUGGCGAUUUGUUGGGCUCGGGGCAUUAUUUGUGCCUAGGCGCCGCCUGAGCGCUCGCUUCAAUAACAAUUGCUUCAUUUGACGGAUUGCUUGUAGAGUGUGGACUGUUUGAGUCGAAAGGAAAGUACUUGUGGUAUGAUAUGUUAUUAUAACUCUUUUUUUAUCAAUUAAUACUUGUUUUAAGCUUUUUGUGAAAGUUUAUUAUUAAAAAGAGCUUCA